AUGUGUGGUGGUACUAUUAUUUCUUCAACUCAUAUUUUAACUACAGCAAGUUGUUUAUUAGCUGAAAAAAAUGUUGUACAUGCAAAUUUAGAAAUACUGACUGGAACAAAUGAUCUACAAAGACGCGAUACAAUUAGUACAUGGAAAAUUUAUAAAGUAGCAUUUGUUAUAAUUCAUAAUGAAUAUGAUCCACGUAAUUAUUGGGUCAAUGACAUAGCAAUUCUUAAAUUGGAAUCACGAUUGUUACUUGAUCAUGAUCGUGUGGCAGCUACUGUAUCACCAGAAAGUCGGUCAUGUAAAUUAUUUAUCGUAGGUUGGGGAAUAAAUCCAGUAACUGGUAUAAUGUCAAGACAUCUUCAGCGACUUGAUGUCGAAUCUAUACGCAAUAAUAUGUGUCAAUAUAAAUUUGAUUCUCAACAAGUUCUUUACAGAAAUCAAUUUUGUUUUAUACCAAAAAAAAAAGAAGCUCGCGUAACAAACGGUGGUGCUGGUAGUCCUGUUAUGUAUUAUCGACAAAUUGUUGGAAUUAUUUCUUUAAUUUCUGUAAACCCAAAACAUCCUGUUAUUUAUACUCGUACUCGUCAGUAUAAUUAUUGGAUAGAAGAAAUGAUAAAUAAAAUGUAA